UGACUAUUCUUGUUGAGCAGAGGUCCUUGACCCCCUUGGAAUUUGCCCAUAAAUACUCACCCACCACUGCCCAAAGACUCAUAGUGAAGGUUGAACCGAGGAAAAAAUUUAAUUGAUAAGGGACUAAGCAGAUAAGUGUGCCGACCAUAGUCUCUAAUCUCUAUACUUCUACCAUAUAUAGUACUGCUUAUAUCCCCAACUACAAGCCCUACAAAAACCUCACUUUCCAUUACCCUUUUCUUCGUUUCUCCCACCCUUUAAUCAUCAAUUACGGUUGCUGCAUCUCUGAUUCUACAAGGGUUUCAUCAUGCAAAUUUACAUGCAUAUGCGCAAGCAAACACAGCCUCUACUAAGUAUCCCCCCCGGGGACCUCACCAUGGAUGUCUCCGGCCAUCGGUGGCCCAAGGGGAAGGUGGUGGUGGUAAUGGGGGCGACCGGCACGGGGAAGUCGCGGCUCUCCAUCGACCUCGCUACCAGGUUUCCCGCAGAGAUUGUGAACUCGGACAAAAUGCAAGUCUACGAAGGACUAGACAUCGUCACCAACAAGAUCACAGAGGAGGAGCAGCGCGGCGUUCCUCACCAUCUCCUCAGGAUAGCGCAUCCUAAUGUGGAUUUCACUGCAUCCGAUUUUCGGGACAUGGCCUCACUCUCCAUUGAAUCAAUCCUCGGUCGAGGGCGCCUCCCAAUCGUCGUUGGGGGCUCCAAUUCAUACAUUGAGGCCCUGGUUGGCGACGAAUACUCCAAGUUCCGGUCCCGGUACGAGUGCUGCUUCCUCUGGGUGGACGUCUCCCGGCCGGUCCUUCACUCAUUCGUCUCCAAACGGGUCGACAAGAUGGUGGAGAAGGGAAUGGUGGAAGAAGUUCAACAACUGUUCCAUCCAAAUGCAGACUACACGAGGGGGAUAAGAAGAGCUAUUGGGGUUCCGGAGCUCGAUCUAUAUUUCCGAACGGAGGGUUUCCUGGACGAAGAAGCUCGAGCUAGGGUUUUGCAGGAGGCAGUGCAUGAGAUCAAGGCUAACACAUGCAAGCUAGCCUGUCGCCAAUUGGAGAAGAUUCAUCGGCUCAAGAACGUCCGGAAAUGGAAGAUUCACAGGCUGGGCGCCACUGAAGUGCUCCGAAAGUGCGAUAGAGAGGCUGAUGAAGCAUGGGAGAAGCUAGUGGCGAGGCCGAGCACCAUGAUGGUCGCGCAAUUCCUCUACAGUGUGGGCGCCACCAGAUCAAUCGCCACGACUUCACCACCAACCAUUAGAGCGGCAGCAUCCAUGGAAGCUGCCCUAGCAGCAACCCACUAGCUCCAAGUUGCAAUUCCGAUAUUUGCUGUCAUUGUUUUAUCACCUGAUAUGACAUAUGAUAGUUGUUGUAACAUUAUUCACAAAAUCUUUUUUACUUUAUCAGACUUUCCUAUAUUAUAAUCUUAGAAAGCAAUGUUAUAGGCUAAUAGCAAAUUUGUGAUAGUAAUCAUAGUCCGGAGAGCUUGAAUGUAAUAAUUUGAGUGUUGUAAUAUUAAUAAAAAAAAAUUUAUAAAUGUUUGAGAA